AUGCUAUUGACGUCGUUGCGACGAAUACCUGAAUUUAAAGAUGGCGACCAUCUUUUCGCUCGUGUGAGUGCCAUUCGUACGUAUAUCUACAAAAUUUGGGAAGAUCCUGCAGACUGCAGUAAUUUUAAAUUUAUUUUAGAUUGAAGACAAAACAAAAAAUUAGUUUGAAAAAGAAAAGGAAAAUAUUGCAACAACUCUAUUUGAUAACGCACAUAAAAUAACACACGCUGCACACGCGCUAGUGUGUAAAUCACAAACAGAGCCGUUGCAAGAGUUUAAAAAGUGAUAGCUUUAUUUCGAAUAAGCUUAACAACUUGACUUGGAUUAGUUGGUCAUGCGAGAAAUGGAAACACCGGAUUUGAAUCGUAGUGAUAGUACGCGCAAAAGCUUCCGUCUCCCAACGCACCGUAAAGGCAUGGCACCAGCACCACCGACCAUUACAAAAGUCGAUUUAGAUAUCGAUGACAAUAGUGAUGCAACUGUUGAGCGAAUUGUUGAUGUACGAUCACAAUCAAUUCAAAGCAACGCUGGUGCUAUGGACGAAUUGUAUCUCGUACAGAGCAAGACAAUACAACGUUCCAACGAAAAUAAUAAUACCAAAAAUAUUAACGAUAAUACGGAAAUCAUACCACGCACCAAUCGUAUGACCCUGGCAAGAGAAACGGAUAUUAUUAUAGAUGAAGAUGUGGUGCGACUGCGCAAUAGAAUACAAACUACACGCAAUGCCGCCUCAUCGAUAACACCAACGACCGCGGCAGCAACGGAAAAGAAGUUGACCAAGGAGCCUACUUUGGUGCUCACAGCUGAAGAUGAUGUGAAUGUGUCGUUUGCGCUCGGCUCCAUUGAGAAGCAUAUUUUCGAAAUGGAAGAAAGUUUCAAGAAAAUGGAAAAUGUGCGGCAACCGAGUAUUGAUGAGCUGAAAUUGGAUCGCAAGAAGCAGAGUAAACGUUAUGGUGAAACGGAGAAUUUACUACAGCCCGGCAAUAGUGAAAUGGCCUCCGGCACCGGUUUCAGUUAUCUAACACCACCCUCUGACUUGGAGAACUCUAGCGAUUCAAUAACCGAUUUUCAACGUGGCACUGGCGCACGCAGUUCGGUCGGCGCGUACUCCAAAAUCGCUACAGCACCGUAUAAAACGAAGAUAACACGCACAUCUUCGGACAGCAAAAAUACCGAAACAAUGGCAACGCGUGAUAUUAUCAAACAAAAGAAGAUUGUGGCCAAUAAAGAGUUACCAACGCCGUCACCAGCGCAUACUAGAGACGCUACACGUUAUGGUACUGAGACGAAACGUUUUAUCACCACCAUAAACACGUCAAAUACCACGGCAAACAGCAACACUACGCCGACUAGUGGUAAGACCAGCACGCAGACAGAUGGCGCUAUACUCGAUAAACAUCGUGAAGAGAAUUUGAAAAAGUUCGAAUCAAUGAUUAAUCAAAGAGCGGCCGCUAGUAAAACUGCCGCUGCUAAGCAUGCGCAAACGGCGCGUGUAUCGGUUGUGCCAGGCGAACGCAUGCCAAGACCCACAAAUCCCAUUAUAACUACACCCAAGGUGGCAGCCACGCCACCGCACAUGCCGCCAGCUACGGGCGAACGGACCGCAAAUGCUGUGCACACUGUACAAUACAAUAAUCGACAUGUUGGCAAUGUAAUGCACAAUAAUCAGGGCUCUCCUAAUAUGCAACUGCGCACCAGUGCACCAAUGCGUUGGCGUGCCACAGAGGAACAUAUUGGAAAAUAUAAGCUUAUAAAAACAAUCGGUAAAGGCAAUUUCGCUAAAGUAAAAUUAGCUAAACACUUGCCAACUGGUAAAGAAGUGGCUAUUAAGAUAAUUGACAAAACCCAAUUGAAUCCGGGAUCUCUACAGAAACUCUUUAGAGAAGUUAGAAUUAUGAAGAUGCUCGAUCAUCCAAACAUCGUGAAACUUUUCCAAGUUAUCGAAACCGAAAAGACAUUAUAUCUGGUUAUGGAGUAUGCGUCCGGUGGUGAAGUAUUCGAUUAUCUUGUCUUGCAUGGCCGAAUGAAGGAGAAGGAGGCACGUGUAAAAUUCCGACAAAUCGUAUCAGCUGUACAGUAUUGUCAUCAAAAGAGAAUUAUACACAGGGAUUUGAAAGCGGAGAAUCUGUUGUUGGACAGCGAAUUGAAUAUAAAGAUAGCAGAUUUUGGUUUUUCAAAUGAGUUCACGCCCGGCUCUAAAUUGGAUACAUUUUGUGGCAGUCCACCAUAUGCUGCACCUGAAUUAUUUCAGGGAAAGAAAUAUGAUGGUCCUGAGGUGGACGUUUGGUCUUUGGGCGUAAUUUUAUACACAUUAGUUAGUGGUUCAUUGCCAUUUGAUGGUUCCACAUUAAGAGAACUACGCGAACGUGUACUCAGAGGCAAAUAUAGGAUUCCUUUCUAUAUGUCAACUGACUGUGAAAAUUUACUUCGUAAAUUCCUUGUAUUGAAUCCAGCCAAACGCGCCAGUCUGGAAACUAUAAUGAGUGAUAAAUGGAUGAAUAUGGGGUUUGAAGAUGACGAAUUAAAACCCUAUAUCGAACCAAAACAAGAUCUAGCUGAUCCCAAACGGAUAGGUAAGACGGAGGCUCUAGUGGCAAUGGGUUACAACAGACAGGAUAUUGAAGUUUCACUGUCCCAGGUGCGUUACGAUGACGUCUUCGCUACUUAUCUGUUAUUGGGCAGAAAAAGCACAGAUCCUGAAAGUGAUGGUUCACGUUCUGGUUCGUCAUUGUCGUUGCGUAAUAUGGGUGGAAACGAUACGGGCGCCACUACGAAUGCGUCCGCACAGAGUCCCACACAUCGUGGCGUACACCGGAGUAUUUCCGCUUCAAAUACAAAACCAAGUCGACGUGCUUCAUCUGGCGCUGAAACACUACAAAUCUUUCAACGUUUUAUCGCAGGUGUUGGCCCAACAAAUGCGGCAACAAAUGUUGUAGCUGCAGCAGCUCCUGGUGCUAUAAAUGCGGCGCCGUCCAACAACAAUUACGGUGGCACUGGCUCGGGCUCAUCCGCUGAGCGCUCUUCAAUUAGCAGCAACUUUAAACGCCAAAACACAAUUGAUUCGGCCACAAUAAAGGAGAAUACUGCGCGGUUGGCAGUACAAAAUCACAGACCCACAUCAGCUACUCAAAAGCUUUUAACAACCGCGGAUACAACACUCAACAGCCCUGCGAAGCCGCGAACUUCAACAAAAUACGAUACAUCAAAUACUAAUCGCACUACCGUUGGCACAAGCGGCAUGAUACCACGUCGUUCCACCACUUUAUAUGAAAAGACUUCAUCAACUGAGAAAACGAAUGCAUUGCCAGCGGAAACAAAUGGAUCUGCCAACGCUACAGGAAAAGGCCAUGUUAAAAGCGCCUCUGUCUCCAGCCCUGGCUCGACCGCUGAGGGAGGAGUCGCUGUUUCCAAUGAAACACUCGGAACGAGAAUGACGUCGGCUGUUAAGUCUAGCAGGCAUUUCCCCAGGAAUGUGCCAUUACGAUCAACCUUUCAUUCUGGCCAAACAAGGACUAGAAACAAUGCUGCAUUGGAGUACUCCGGCACGAGCGGUGCCUCGGGCGACUCUCCACAUCCAGGCAGAAUGAGUUUUUUCUCGAAACUGUCAUCCCGAUUCAGUAAACGUGCUUCAACAACUGAGGAAUCAGCGAAGCCGCGUGUUUUGCGCUUUACAUGGUCCAUGAAGACCACAUCGCCGCUCAUGCCCGAUCAGAUAAUGCAGAAAAUACGAGAAGUGCUCGAUCAGAACAACUGUGACUAUGAACAACGCGAAAGAUUUGUGCUUUGGUGUGUACAUGGUGAUCCCAAUACCGACUCCUUGGUACAGUGGGAAAUUGAAGUAUGCAAAUUGCCACGCUUAUCACUCAAUGGCGUGCGUUUUAAGCGCAUUUCAGGCACCAGCAUAGGUUUUAAAAAUAUUGCAUCACGCAUAGCAUUUGACUUACGACUGUGACUCCACCAAACCAAUAAUGAUGCGGCUGCCUUUGGUACUGACACAACAACAACUACCACAACCACACCAACACGCUGUCAACAACAUACAACCACAACCACAACAACAACAUCGAGCAACAAUCACACCGCAAAUAUGAAAACAUUUAAUCUAGCCAUCACCAGCAACAUCAUCAAUGAAUCA